GCAGAGAGGAGGACAGAGAAGGGGAGGAGAUUUAAAUGGCCAGCUUUUGAAAUGGUAGUGUGGGGGCAAUUAUGAGCAAGACUGGAGCUCAGAACAGGACUGAAAACUGAAACUGUUGGUGCAACUUUGGGCAUGGAUCGUCACAUGUUUUUGGACUGAAUAUACUUCUUUUUUAUUUUUACUUUGUGCACUGAAUAUAUGCUCUAUCAAAACUGGCUGCCACUAUUUCCUGCUGCAGAGUCAUUUUAGGAUGUGUCCUUUUGAUUUUUAAUGUGAAUUAAAAAACUUUUUUGUUUCGUAUUGUGUUGCCACCACACCUCCAGUUCGCCUCUGGGACCUUAUUCAUUGGUAAGCACAAGCCACUUCAUCAGGUUACACGCGGCAGCGGAGCUACGUGACUGCACUCAUUUUCAGCGUUACUUAACCGGGAACGGAUGAGUUGGAAAUUCCCGGUCAGUUUCUUUUUUUCUUUUCUGAGUAGUUUUGCAAUUUUGUUGGAGUGUUUUAUUGAGUGCACCGGGAGCCGUCAACCCCUCUCCACUCGCAGACAUCGCGAAAUGAAACUCGGUCUUGUCAUCCAGACUGCGGUGGCGCUUCAUCUGCUGCUCUCACCUGCACAGAGUCUUCCCUUGUCAAGCAUAACCAAUACAACAGAAGUGUUAAUGUUCCAAGAAGUGUGGGGUCGCAGCUUCUGCCGGACCAUUGAGAAGCUAGUGGAGGUGGUGCAGGAGUACCCGACAGAGGUGGAGCACAUCUAUAGCCCUGCCUGUGUGCCGCUGGUGAGGUGUGCAGGUUGCUGUGGGGACGAAAACCUGGAGUGCCAUCCCACCCACACCACAAACGUCACCAUGCAGCUGUUGAAAAUCAGGCCAUCAGAGCCAGGUCAAGAAUAUGUUGAGAUGACAUUUGUGGAGCAUCAGACAUGUGAAUGUAGAGUCAGGAAACCUAUUACGAAGGUUGAAAGGAAAAGGCAAAGAGGAAGAGGAAGGAAAAGAAAAGAGAGACAAAAAACAAAAGAAUGUGACAGGUGCCAGAACCCUCGCAGGUAACUGCAGUGGCGACCCGAACCUCCAGUUGCAGUGUGGUUCACUAUUUAUUUCCAACCCAGCAUUCAGAGUUUCAUCCGCUCAUCUAUACUGUGUCUGCAGCCGGAGACUCAAACAGCUGGGUUGUUUUGCUGACAUGCCGUCCUGCUGAUGGGCAGAGUGUUUGUAAUGACAAGCUUUAACCGGAAGUUUGAUUAGAUUAGUGGAAAGACUGCUGUUACACACCUGACACAAUGGACAUCCCUGGGAGCCAGUGCAAUGUUGAACCAAACAGGCCGACACCUUUUCUUUUAUAGCUUAUUACUGCAUCAUUUAUUGUAAUUUGGUCAUUUCUUUGGUAUUUAAAAGUGGUUACACAUUUUUAGAAUCUAUAUUUAUUGAUACAUCUGAAUAUUUGGACUAGCACCCUUUUAAAAGUGUGUCAUCUUUUCUUUAAACAUUAUUUGAAAAGCCUUAAUUUGUCAUAGUAAUAUACUGUAUGUCGGACAGUUGGUGUGCAGCUGCUUUAAAUGCAAUAAUGAAAUGUUUCCGUCUAGCGUUUGAGGAGACAGCGUUCAAACUAAUUUUUUUUUUGUGAAUAAGAUUAGACAUAGGACAGUGUUGUCAGACACAAUCAGUCACUUCAUUAGCUAUUCAAAUCUUCUACCACACAUAUGGUGUAACUUGCGAGAACAAUAUAUAUCAGAAAAAUCUAUCAACUGAUGACAUGUCCGCAGAAGAUUGUGUAUGAAUGAAUGACUGAUAUUUAAAAUUCUCAAAAAUCUAAAAAUUCAAAAUUCCUUGAAAUCUAUCUCUCUUUCUCUACUGUCUUUGUGAGUUCAGUCACAUCAGAUAACUAUCAGUAGACAAGUUUCUAUCAACUCACACCAGGAAGUGUGUCAUAGGCUGCAGAAGAGACGUGGCAAACCCAGUAGGAAGGCAGUACUACUAGCAAUACUACAGUAACCAAUACUUAAGCAGUACCAAUUUGGUAUAAAUGCCUAUUAUAGAUUAUUAUUACAAUUGUUGUUUUUUUACUGGGAUUGCAAGUUUCUCACAGAUAUAUAUAAAAAUGUUGAUGUGCUUUGUGGAGUUAAACAGCAUACAUGCCUCUACCUUGGUGACACAAAACUCCCAUUAUAAGCCCCAGGUGUCAUUCAGUCUGUUUUGGAAACUGCAGUAAGGAAGGGGUCAAUUGAAGUAGUUACUGUAUGUCAACUGAUGUCCUUUUGUAUUAUUAUUUUUCAUGUAGCUUACUACACAAGGAAAAUUUCUAUGAAAAUGUACAAAGUAACAUUUCUACUGCGUUAGUAUUUUUAUUUCAUUUAAAUAUUUAUUUUGUAAUUAAAUUGUUAUGGUCGUCA